AGAGGGGGGAGGGCGAGUGCAGGCGGGGGCAGGUUCUGACGCCACGAGCGGCGGAGGCUUGAUUGCGUCUGCGCCGGAAGGAGUGCGUAAGGAGGAGGCCGAGUAGUGAGACUGAAAGAAAAAAAAAAAAAGCAGAGCCGCGCCUGCGCACUGGGUCUUCUCUGUCUAUAAAUCGAGAGGCUUGGGCGGCCUUAAGCGCCUUCUCCAGCCAGAAACUAGAGUGGUGACCUUAGUCCCUCCGGCCCCCAGGUCCCGGCCCCGCCGUCGCCGCCGCCUCCUCGACACUGUUCAGGAUCCUGACCUUUUCCUCAAAAUGGAGACUAUUGUUCGACGCUGCCCAUUCUUGUCAAGAGUACCCCAAACCUUCCUCCAGAAGGCUGGCAAAUCUCUGCUCUUCUACGCGCAGAAUUGCCCCAAAAUGAUGGAGAUUGGAUCCAAACCUGCUUCUCGGGCUAUGACCACUUCACCAACUCACUUCCAACAAGUAGAAGAAACCCCUCCAGCCAAUGAGAAGGACAAAACUUCCAAAACUGUGGUCCAGCAUGCUGAUGAUUCUCAGCAGACCACUGGUGGAUCCCAGCUUCCCGCUGGCCAUCCAGCCUCUGUUAUGAGUCAGGGAACUGCCAGUAAAUGCCCCUUCCUAGCAGCUCAGAUGAACCAAGGAACCAGCAACGUCUUCCGGAAGGCCAGUUUAGAACUUCAAGAGGAUGUACAGGAAAUGCAGGCUGUGAGGAAAGAAGUUGCUCAAACUCCAAUUAAUCCUGCUGUGAUUAAUCUCAAGACUGGUAGAGAAGACCCGAAUGGUUUGCUAAAGAAUUUUCAGGAUCUCAUGCAAAAGCAAAGACCAGAAAGGGUAUCCCAUCUCCUUCAGGACAACUUGCCAAAAUCUGUUUCCACUUUUCAGUAUGAUCGUUUCUUUGAGAAAAAAAUUGACGAGAAAAAAAGUGAUCAUACUUACCGAGUGUUUAAAACCGUGAACCGGAAGGCACACAUAUUCCCAAUGGCAGAUGACUACACGGAUUCUCUUGUUACUAAAAAGCAAGUGUCUGUCUGGUGUAGCAACGACUACCUAGGAAUGAGUCGUCAUCCUCGGGUGUGUGGGGCAGUCAUGGAAACAUUAAAACAACACGGUGCUGGAGCAGGUGGUACUAGAAAUAUUUCUGGAACUAGUAAAUUUCAUGUUGAUCUGGAACGAGAAUUGGCUGACCUCCACGGCAAAGAUGCAGCAUUACUGUUUUCAUCCUGCUUUGUCGCUAAUGACUCCACCCUCUUCACUUUGGCCAAGAUGAUGCCAGGCUGUGAAAUUUAUUCUGAUUCUGGGAACCAUGCCUCCAUGAUCCAAGGAAUUCGUAAUAGCAGAGUGCCAAAGUAUAUAUUUCGCCAUAAUGAUGUAAGCCACCUCAGAGAGCUGCUAAAGAAAUCAGACCCAUCGGUCCCUAAGAUUGUUGCAUUUGAAACUGUCCACUCAAUGGAUGGAGCAGUAUGUCCAUUGGAAGAACUGUGUGAUGUGGCCCAUGAAUAUGGGGCAAUCACCUUUGUGGAUGAAGUCCAUGCUGUGGGAUUAUAUGGUGCUCGAGGAGGUGGGAUAGGUGAUCGUGAUGGAAUCAUGCACAAAAUGGACAUCAUUUCCGGAACCCUGGGCAAAGCCUUUGGUUGUGUUGGGGGCUACAUCGCCAGCACAAGUUCCUUAAUAGACACUGUGCGAUCCUACGCUGCUGGCUUCAUCUUCACAACUUCCCUCCCCCCGAUGCUUCUGGCCGGCGCCCUCGAAUCGGUCCGCAUCUUAAAGAGUGCUGAAGGUCGAGCCCUUCGCCGGCAGCACCAGCGCAAUGUCAAACUCAUGAGACAGAUGCUGAUGGAUGCCGGGCUCCCUGUGGUUCACUGCCCCAGUCACAUCAUUCCAGUCCGGGUGGCAGAUGCUGCUAAAAAUACAGAGGUCUGUGAUGAACUCAUGAGCAAACAUAACAUCUACGUCCAAGCCAUCAACUACCCCACAGUCCCCCGGGGAGAAGAGCUGCUUCGCAUCGCACCGACCCCGCACCACACUCCACAGAUGAUGAACUAUUUCCUGGAGAACCUGCUGGAUACUUGGAAAGCUGUUGGGCUGGACCUGAAGCCUCACUCCUCGGCAGAGUGUAACUUCUGUAGGAGACCCCUACACUUUGAAGUCAUGAGCGAGAGAGAGAAAGCCUACUUCCAGGGCAUGAGCAAACUGGUUUCUGUCAGUGCCUGAAUCCGACCUCCUUAUCUCUACCUGCUGUCCCCCAGUCUCCUAUCUGUAUCGUCUCUGUAGUCUUUAUAUAUGAAUUAACUUAUCUUAAAUUUUAACCCAUAGUAGAAACAUAGUUCUGAAAAUAAAUUCCUAUUAAAGCAUUACGGUCUGAUUCUAUAACGUCAGGGUGUUUUGUAUGAUAGCACAGACUGAUCAAUUAGUCCUUUUUCUCCUCAGAUCUUGUCUUUCCCAUCUAUCUGUAUUAUGCUAAUUAAUAAUAAAAAAUCAACCUUUUUCUGGCCCUGUUUACAAAA